AUGCGGGCAGUUGAAACGGGCCGUGGAUCUGGGGAAACAGACAAGGCCACCGCCCCAAAAACGGAGCAGUUAAUCCGCUCCGACCGAGCCACUGAGUCCAUUCCUCCACUCCAACUCCGAAGCAGAGCUGAAGCUCCCUUAUCGGCGCGCCACUUUCACCCACCCGCUUCGAGGCCUUUUCACUCUUUCGUCUUCAGGUUGUCAGUGGUCGCCAUGUAUUACAACUACUCUUAUGGUGUCGUGACGACCGCCUUCGUGGUGGUCGGGUUGUAUAUGCUCUUCCAGGGAGAUGGUGAAGCUUUCAAUGUCGGCCGCUUCCUAGAGGAGGUAUCUCCUUACGCCUGGGCCAACAUUGGUAUCGGUUUGUGUAUUGGUUGUUCGACGAUUGGUGCUGCAUGGGGUAUCUUCCUCACGGGCUCUUCGAUCCUCGGUGGUGGUGUGCGGGCACCCCGAAUUCGCACCAAGAACUUGAUUUCCAUCAUUUUCUGCGAAGUCGUGGCUAUCUACGGUGUCAUUAUUGCGAUUAUCUUCUCCGCGAAGCUCUCUCCGGUCCCCGAGAGCCAGCUCUACACCCAGAACAACUACUACACGGGUUAUGCUCUGUUUUGGGGAGGUAUCACCGUCGGAUUCUGCAAUCUGAUCUGCGGUAUCUCAGUCGGUAUCAACGGUAGUGGCGCUGCUCUUGCAGAUGCCGCUGAUCCUAGCUUGUUCGUCCGCAUUCUCGUUAUCGAGAUUUUCAGCUCCGUCCUGGGUCUAUUUGGUUUGAUCAUCGGCCUUUUGGUUGGCGGCAAGGCCCUGGACAUGGGUGCGGCUUAG